UGGACUUUCUACAAUUGCUUGCCAUGAAACCAAGAAUUUUAGUUACAAAUAAAGUACUAAUGUAGGAGUACGUUUAUUUUAUAUUUUGUUGUAAUACAUUCUCAUUAUCUUUGGAUUUAUGUGAACUUACCUAAAUCUAGACGGCUUUAUGGAGCAGUGAGUAGUGAGCCAUUAAAUUGAUUUACGACUAUGUUAAUCGGUAACCGUGCAUGACUAUCGAUAUUUAAGUUAAUCGUCAAUCAUAACGAUCAAAUCGAAAACAUCGAAAGUUCACAAAAUUCAACUACUUAAGAAUAUAUUUCUAUAUUUCGAAAGUCCCCAAAAAACAAUGAAGAUGAAGUUUUAGUUUUUAUUCAUCCCUCAACGUUAUUUGAAAACGUUAUUAUCUAGAUGAAUCGCUAAUCGUUACAUUCGUAUUCGCCAUUCGUUAUCUGGAUAAAUAUAUACCGAACGAUGCGCUUGAUUUAUCUAACGCUCGAAAAUAUGUUCAAAUGAUUCAACCGUAAAUCGUCGAUGAAUUUUACUAAUCAACUAACGUAUAUUACGAUUAAUUUUCUAGUGAUUAAAUUUUGAAGAACAAUCCAUAGAGUGUUGAUUAAAUGAGAAGAAUUAGUUGAGUAAUAGUAAUUGGUUAAUAAAAGGGGUUAGUACAAAGAAUGAACAAAGUUAAGAUGGAUUUCCAUUAGGAAAGAAAGUGUAAGGAGGGAUGACGCUCAAUGAAAACAAGUUCUUUGGCAGGGAAUUGCGGAUGAUCUUUAUCGCGUGGUCCAUUCAUUUCUCGCUAGGUGGCGACUGUAACCGACAGUCACCGGGAUCAGGCUGAUCGGGCGACUUGUGCUAAGUUUUAUCGUUUACCACAUGUUGAUUAAUUAAGUAGAAAUACAAUAUCGUGGCCAAAAUCAUUGUCCGGGGGCUACCAUCGUUCCUUUCUAAACUCCUCCGACGCGAAAUUCCACAAGCGUGAUUUCCUGCGUAAAGAGAACGGAGUUACGUCACGCACCAGCAAGAUAUCGUGUGUGUCGUGGCGGGCAGACACCGUGUUCCCCCGUACGUCUCCUCGAAUACCAAGUGUUCCUGCUUUCUUUACUCGCACUCCUCUAUCUGUCUAAACUCGAAAGUCACGCACGCGCUAGACUUUCGCGAAAGAGUGUUUAGGUAACAGUACCAUUGGCGCAUAACCUACAAACGAUCGUGACUGAAACGCGAUCGUGAAUGUUGAUAGUUGUUACGGCCAAUACGGCCUCCUGUCAAUCGUUUCGGGGUCGAGCAAGAUUUCGAAUCGAAUUCUCCCGUAUCUAACGAGGAGCCCGCGAAACAACGAUUCACAAUAUCCUCCCGUAUCGGGACGUUCGAUCGAAAAUAUAUUCUUGACGUUGAGCAGUCACCGGGAAAUUAGUCAAAAUUCCGGUCCCCACUAAGAAACGAGAAGGCCCGCAACAAACCGGCGGCAGAAAUCCACCAACCACUGGCGAAGAGUCCUCGUCGGGUGGCAAAAUGAAUAGCAAAAGAAAGAAUCGUUCGAAUACCAACAGAUCUCCUCGUGCUCGUGGUCCGCAAGAAAGAUGUGUUGCUGCCGAAGGUGUAUAUAAAAAUGCUCAUUUCAUGCAUGCGAUAACCAGUCAUGUUGGUAACAUUGUACAGAUUCAGACAUUGAAUGGUUCGGUAUACGAAGGUAUUUUUCGCACGUUCUCCAGCCAAUUCGAUGUUGUCUUAGAAAUGGCACAUCGCGUAGAAGGUUCAGGAAAGAUAAGCGUGGAUAGUAUAGUAGAAAAAUUGAUUUUUAAGCCACAAGAUAUCAUUACAAUGUCUGCAAAGGAUGUUGAUUUAGAUUAUGCUAUACGAGACACUUUCCAAACAGACACUGCUAUUAGUAAAUACAAUGGUGUAAUCGGUGAGAAAGAGUUGGAGCCUUGGGAUGCUCCUCCUGCUACUAUGAAUGGGGAUGAUUUAGAAUUAGAUGGUACUACUAAUGGGUGGGAUGCUAAUGAUAUGUUUCGUAAAAAUGAACAAAAGUACGGAGUCCAAACGACAUACGAACCAACUCUGGCGGCUUACACUUUGCCGCUUCAAAGGAAGGAUACGAAGGAUUACAAGGAACAAGAACAAAAAGCUGCAGAAAUAGCAAACGAAAUAGAAUCACAACCAAAUCACAAGGCGAGAUUAGAACUGGAAAAUGGCGACGAAGAGGAGAGAUUCGCAGCUGUGGUGAGGCCGAACGAGGGAAAAUAUAUUCCACCCCCGCUGAAGAAGAAGAAUGGAAACAGUGGGAAAUUAAUGAGAUCUAAUGAACCCCCACCUUCGCCAGGACCUACAGCUACCAAUAAAAACGUUUUCAAUCAACAACCUCCGUCCAAUGUAAACAUCAACGUUCCCCCAUCGUCUAACCUCCCUAUAGGAAUGCAAAGCGCUCAUCCUUCUGUACAACAUCCAGUAUCUUUAAAUAUGGGAAUGCCACCUAGUGGAGUGGUAGUUACAUAUAAUAAUCCUCCACCGCCGUUUGUACCUCCACCAGCAACGCAACCACCACCACCAGUACCUGUGAUGCAACAAACACAACCGCAAUCUCAAGCUACUCCUUCAAUACCGCAAGUGAACUUUCCACCGCAACAACAGCAAACUCCGUCGACUAAAAUAAACACCGAGAAACGGGAACGUCCUGGCAGGCAGCAAGUGUAUCAAGCUGAUAAAGCUCCACCAGCACCAUUCCCUCAGACGAACGUCACUACAUCCCACCAACAGCAGCAAUCAUCACAUCAACAACAUAGUCAGGUACAACAGCAAGCUUCGGUAGAGGGACAACGGUGUGAGAUAGUACCGCACAAAUCGGAUCAUAGAAAGGUUCCAACACCACGCAGUAGGGAAGAACAGCAUUCAGAACUCAGACAGUUUGCCACAGAUUUCAAAUUAACAGACACACAAGCACAAGACGCACCGCCAGUAACAAGAAAACAGCAGCACCAACAUCAACAAGAUUCUCAUUCAUCGACACAAAUUACUCAAACACAUCACCAAUCACCCCAUCAACACACAACGCCGCAACAAACGCAACAGCAGCCACCUCAACAGCAACAUCAUCCAAAUACACAGCAGUCGCAACAACAUCAGAAUCAAACAGUUCAAGAAGAAACUGUGGUUACCAGUAAACCACCGCCGGGACCAUUACCUGCAAGGGCCACGAGUCCACCUCAACCACAACCACAGCAGCAACAAACUACAACCAACACAGUCACUGUACCACAACCACCACAAGAAUCUGCUGUUGACAAAAUUACGACGGCUUUCAAAAAGUCAACACUAAAUCCAAAUGCUAAAGAAUUUAAUCCAAAUACCAAGCCUUUCACACCGCGAUCGCCAAGUACACCAACACCUAGUAGACCGCACACACCACAAACACCACAGUACACUGGCGCAACAAUGCCUGCAACUGUAGUCAUGCCAGCGUAUGUCAUGACUAGCCAACCACCAACUGCAUUCAGUCAACCGCCAGCUCAACCUGUGACAAGGUUCCGGAAGGGUCAGUAUCUAGUGCCGGUGAUGCAUGCCCAACAUCGCGCGCAAGAUAUAGCGUCUCAAAUGCAAGUGGUAGCGGCAACUGGGCAGCCUUUAAUGGCACCGGCCCCGCUCCAUCCACCAUUCCAGGUGCCUUAUCCUGGCCAACCGACAUAUCAACAGAUGGUACGCAUGGUUCAGGCACCACCCCCACCGCCACAUAUGGCUACACCCUAUCAUCAUCAUGACUCGCCAGGACCACAGGCUCCUGGCAUUCAGUAUAUGGGUCCACAUACGCAUCCUCACCCACAUGUUGCCCAACAACCACCAAGUCAGACACCCUCUCCAGCUAAUCCCAAUCCACCACACACACCAGGCACUUACAAUCCUCCUGGUACUCCACAACCCACAUAUCCUCCACCACCUCCUCAAGGCCAUGCACCAAGUUAUCCAAUAAUGUGUCCUAUAAUUCCUCCUCAUAUACCGAUACCACCGCAGCACAUGCAAUACCUACCGCCGCAACCACCCCCUGGAGCGCAGCAAACUAUACCAGUGAUUUUGCCGCACAAUCAGUAGCUGCGAUCAAAAAUGGAUGAAGAGAGAAGGAACUACUAGUAUUCUGCAGAGAUAGAAUAAGAUUUACAAAUUCAAGUUACUUUCACGAUGGCAUUAGGCACUUGAAGAGGCUUUCACUUAUUGCUUGUAAUCUUAUAUUGAUACACCGAUAAGCAGCUGUGUAAGUUCCAUCUUGUUUUGCCUUAUUGUCUAAACAUUGUUUGUUUUUUUCUUGAUAAUAGUAAUAUCAUUCCAUAAAAAAAGUAAUGCAUCUUUUAAACUAAUUCAAGUAAUAAACAGCAAUCUUUAUAGGUGGAAGGUGUUUUAUAAAUAGAUAAAGUUGCAUUAAUGUGAAGCAAAGUGCUGAUCAUCUUGAAAGUGACUUCUUUGAGUGGAUCAGCUAAUUGCGAACGAUCCUCGAUAAACGUAUAGUCCCUCAAAUAUUAUGUUUCAAUUUUUUAUCACGCGCAGCAGAUUUCAAUAUGCAGUUUACAACCAUGCAAUUUAUUAAUUUAAAUAUUAUACCUGGAAAAAAAACAUAAUUUUAAAGAUUCAUUUAUAGUAAAAGACGGAAUGUAAAAAGUAAAUCGGCAACCAAAAAUAUACUUUGAAAUCGUAUAUUGAUAGGUCGUGCCUAUACAAUAUCUUAGAAAGCGAAAAAGAAAAAAAAUAAGGAGGGACUGUGGCUAUUACGAAAUUUAAAAACGUUUCAAUCUCGAUUAUAGUAGUUCGCACUACUUUGUAAACAUUUAUUAAGCCAAAAUCCAACCUGCAGAUUUGAUGCAGGGAGCUAUCUGAUAGGCUGAUGAUGCGUGUACCUUUGAAGAUCCAAGUACUGAAAAAAGCAGAAAAAUUGCGAGUAUGUUACGCGAGUAAAAACUCUUUUUUUUUACACGAAGUAAUUAUUGGAACGAUUCUGCUCGCGCUUUCAUACAUGAUGUUUCACUGCAAUGAACAGAAAGCAUAGAAAUAGAUCGAUGUAACUCUUCUAAAUUUGAUCAAAUUACAUACGAUUGUGCGAAGUCGAAAGACGGUGACGAAAGGAUUCAGACACAGUUCCAAAUUUUGCAGUUUGUUGACGAUGGGUUUUGUUAUGAGAUGCUGAUACAUAAGAUCCUCGAAGCAGAGACUAAGUCGAAUUAGGAAAAAUGUCGUAUUAAAAAAAACAAGGAUCCGACAUACAAUGUCGUUAAAAACAACCAGGUGAUGUCGUGACAAGAAAGCAUCUGUGUGUAUGUAAAGGGGUACAAAUGUCCUGUACUAAAAAUUAUAUUACUUUUUGUUCAGUGACUCAGGGCAUAUGAUUCCGAUGUUACACGCUAAUAUAUCCAUAGUAACGUAUACAGAUUUUAGGUCAUCGUUUAAAUAGAUAAAAGAACAAAGAUGUUACGCUAAAAAUAAUAUUAUAAAAGAAAACAGCUUUAGCCAUACUUCAUUUGGUCAAUUGAGUUGGCAACUCAGUAGUAGAAUAUUUAAAAGCCAUGCAUGAUUUACACACAUAGACAGUGUAUGAUCUAUGUAAGACUUUUAUAAACAAAUUUUUUUCCUUAUAAAUAGUUCAUGUUACAAAUUAGAAAAAAAAAUUAAAGAAAUUUGUAACAAUUGUAACAUAUGAAUAUUUUAUUGCUGAAUAGAUUGAGAAGAAUGCAUUGCGUUGAAUACUCAAAAUUGUUCUUGAAACACUUGAAUUAAUUAUGUACCUCUUAACGUGUAAACGAAUACUGUCAGAUGCUGUGACAUUGAAAAAGACAAGUUGAAUUACGGCCUUAGACCUAGUCGUGUAUAUAAGAGAAAAGGAGGCAAGGAUGAUCCUUACCUGAGAGAUAGUUGAGUGUGUGGCAUCGUUAGACACAAAUUUUAUAUCGAAGAGAUUUAAAAAAAACAUCAAAAUAAAGUCAAUGCGUUAAAAG